UAGACAUGAAGUUUAUGAAAGUUGUGUUGUUUGCCGCCACUCUUCUUUUUCGUGUUGACUGUUUUGUAAGAGUUGAUAACUAUCAGAAUUCAGUAUACAUACAAAAGAAAUCGUAUGAUCCCUUUACACAAGCUUCAAGUAUAACCUUUCUGGAACCAGCAAUCUUCGAUUAUAUGUCUGUCGAUACCGAAACUGCGGUAGAUGGUGUCAGUCAGAGAGGACAUUUAUUACAAUUCUACAAGUAUAUGUAUCGGGAAGGCUUUGCAACACUGUUCCCAAAACCAUCUCUCAGAUAUUACUUCACAAACGAACAGUACUACCAGAAUGUAUCAAAAGUCUUAAUGGAACAGAUGACAAACAACCCUGUCAUUCGUGUGAGGACGUAAACCAUUGGGAAUAUUCUUU